AUGGACGAUCUCAUUGUCGUUCGUUGCAAUAGAGACGUGAGCAAGUCAUCACUUAUCUCGCAUGUCACACGGACGAGUUCUGCGUAUUUUGAGACAGACGGCGUCGAGCGCGGGGAAAGGUCUCUCGGGGACCCUGGAGCUCUCGCUGAUUCUGAGGUCUGGGUGCUCACGGACAACGGCCAGAUGUUGAAAGUUGCGGACGUUAAUCAAGUCCUACCGGUCAAACUCAUUGAAACGGCGAGUGGGUACGUCGUGUAUUCGCUUUUACUGUAUGGUCUUGCCUACUCACGACCCCAGGGAACGUACCAGGACUGAGUGCGAGCUAAGUGAAGAGAACGUGGCGCCGGUGGAGGUAAGCUGAUUUAAAACACGAAUGUCCCUCAAAUCAUUGGAAAUAUAGAUGGACGUGCUGCGCUUAGCUACUUGCAGCGCGACAAGUGCCACCGUCCAAACGGAAUACGUGGCAGAGCUGCUGUGAGACUGGCCAAGAUUUGCCUAUCCCUGUUAGCAUUGGAGUACCAAGCUAGUAGCGUAUGUAUGUAUGUAUGUAUGUAUGUAUGUAUGCAUGUAUGUAGGCGUGUAUGCAUGUGUGUUAUCGGUGUGAAUCUAUGUACGCGCAUCGUUUAAUAGACCGUUGCACGUCGUAUUUGUAAUUUGUAACU